GGAAAUUAUGAUGUGAAAUGAAGCUACCAGACCGCACAUUAUGAUAAACACAGCUGUUUACUUCCUACUCACCGUAUGAACAGCGGGGACACUUCACCGGCUCCGUUUGACGGUUCUGUGGGAGGAAGCUAAAGGUCUCCCGGUGCAGCCAUGCCCGUCUCCCUGCUGUGGGCGGUGGAUGUGUACGGCCGGGUCUACAGCCUGUCCACGGCGGGGCAGCUGUGGGAGCAGUGUCGCGAUGCUCAGAUGGAGCUGAAGCGUGUGACGGCCGCUCAGCAGUGCUGCUGGGGCAUCGCCUGCGACAACAACAUCUACCUGAACGUCCACGCUUCAGACCUGCCCAUACGAUACCAGGAGGAGACCUACGAGAAUCAGCGCUGGAAUCCCGUGGAUAGUUUCUCGGAUCGACUGUUGCCAAGCGACCGCUGGCAGUGGAGUGAUGUCACCGGGCUGCAGCACCAACCUCUGGACGGCUUCCUGCUCCCCUCCGACAGCUGGGGGUGGGAGGGCGAAUGGCACCUGGAUGAAAACUUUGAGGGAGAUCCCACAGAGAAAGGGGGAUGGACCUACGCCAUUGACUUUCCCGCCUACUACACCAAAGACAAGAAGUGGAACUCCUGUGUCCGUCGCAGGCGAUGGCUCCGCUACAGGACAUACAAAGCCAUGGACACCUGGGCCAAGAUCCCCCCACAGCAUACCACUCUCCCAGAUCCUUUCAGCGACAUCAGCUGUGGAGGGUGGGAGAUCAACGAGGAGCCCAGGGGCCGGCUGUCACUCUGGGCUGUUUCCCUGCAGGGCAAGGUUUGGUUCAGAGAGGGAAUCUAUCACCUGAAUCCUGAGGGCUCUGUGUGGGAGGAGGUGUCUCUCCCCGGGGAGGUGAUCCAGAUCAGCUGUGGCCCCGGGGAUCUGGUCUGGGCGGUGCUGUGGGAGGGCCAGCUCCUCGUCAGGGAGGGCGUCAGCAGAGACUGCCCCAAAGGAACCUCCUGGGUCACGGUGGAGUCUCCCAGUCCUGAUGUGGGAGCCACACAUGUCGCCGUGGGAGUCAACGUCGUUUGGGCUUUGACCAAGGACAACAAAGUGUGGUUCAGGCGCGGCGUUAACUCCCACAACCCCUGUGGCUCGGGCUGGAUCAACAUGGUGGGAGAAAUGAUAAUGAUCAACGUCGGACUAAACGAUCAGGUGUUGGCUAUCAGCUCAGAGGAUCGGGCGGUGUACUUCAGACAAGGUGUGACCUCCAGUGAGCUGAGCGGGAAAACCUGGAGGGCCAUCACCCUCCCCCGAGACGGAGACAGAUCCCACUCCAGUGCCAGCGCAAGCUCCCUGCAGAGCGCUGGAAUUUAUUUCUGUGGGGAGGUGCGCGCUCAGUCAGCAGUGAGCGACGUGGAGUCAGAGAGAGGAUCUACAGACGGAGCCGCCGGCCUCAUCACCUCCUCCUCUCCCGAGUCCUUCGUCGAUGCCCCCACGGAACAACCUGUCGACGCCCCUAAACCCCGCAUCCCCAAAGUCACCAGCGACAGCUUCAUCUCUGAACUCGUCUCCGACCGAGAACCAGCAAAGACCUCCAGAGAGGGAACUCCUGCUGUUCUGGAGGAGGAACCCCUCGCCCUGGAGGAAGAUCUCAAAGCCCCCUGUGCAGGUGUAGCUAUAUCCCCUCUGGACCCCCAGUGGAGUAACGUGGAUCUGGAGGAGGCGCAGAGUCAGCAGGCUCAGACUGGAGUCGUGUUGGACUCUGCUGACACCUGCAGCCUGUCCUCAGUUGCCACUUACACCCUGGCCAUGGAGGACCCGUACGGGACGGAUGAGCGCCCUCUGUGGGCCUGGGUCAGCGGGGGCGGCUGCAACGUGGACAGCCACUCCCAACUCAACUGGUUCAACUCCAUGAACGCCUCAUCUUUGGUCCAGUCAGUCCAGUCCAUGAGUCUGUCCGUCAGCCCGGCACAGACGGCAGCCUGGAGGAGACAAAUCUUUGAGCAGCUCAGUGAGAGGACCAAGAGAGAGAUGGAUAAUUUCAGACAUUAUGAACAAGCCAUAGAACAGUCAGUGUGGGUGAAGAAGGGAACCAUGCAGUGGUGGAGAGACUGGAAGCCUCACAAGUGGAUCGACGUUCAUUUUGCCUUGGAGCAGUUCUCAGGACCAGAGGGCAACAAGGACGGCAUCCUCUUCAUCUAUUAUAACUUUUAUGAGGAGAAGAAGUACCUGCACGCCUUCAUCAACGAGGUCAACAUCCUGGUCCCCGUGCUGAAUGACUCCAAACACUCCUUUGCCAUCUACACUCCUGAGCGGACCAAACAGAGGUGGCCCAUCAGACUCUCAGCAGCCACAGAGCUGGAGAUGCAAGACUGGCUGGCGUUGUUGAGCGUCUCCUGCUGCGACUCCAGAGGGAUCCAGGGUCCUCCCUCCAAACAGGCCUCCUGGUCCAUCACCUGUAAAGGAGACAUCUUCGUCAGUGAGCCCUCCCCCAGUCUGGAGGCCAUGCCUUACCCCACGCCCUGCGACCAGAUGUUCUGGCGGCAGGUCGGAGGUCACCUCCGUAUCGUGGAGUGCAACAGUGUGGGCAUAGUGUGGGGGAUCGGCUACGACCACACGGCCUGGGUCCACACCGGAGGAUACGGAGGCGGAUUCUUCCAGGGCAUGGCCAGCAGCAUGGAUAACAUUUACACACAGUCAGACUCCAAGAGCGUCUACAUCUAUGAGAACCAGAGGUGGAACCCCGUCACCGGAUACACCAACAGAGGACUCCCCACAGACCGCUACAUGUGGAGUGAUGCAUCAGGACUACGAGAGUGCACCAAAACAAAUAUGAAACCCCCCUCCCCUCAGUGGACAUGGAUGUCUGACUGGUCUGUGGACUACAGUGUGUCGGGGGGGGCGGACAGAGACGGCUGGCAGUACGCGGCUGAUUUUCCAGCGUCGUAUCAUGGCCAUAAAACGCUGAAGGACUUUGUGCGGCGCAGGCGAUGGGCCAGGAAAUGUAAACUGACCACCACAGGACCGUGGCAGGAGGUUCCUCCCAUCUCCCUGAGUGAUGUGACCAUCCUGCCGUGUGCGGCGCAGAUCAGCGUGGACGUGGUUCCUCUGUGGGCCAUCAGCAACAAGGGAGACGUGCUCUGCAGACUGGGAGUCACCACACUGACGCCUGCCGGAUCCUCUUGGCUCCACGUGGGAACUGACCAGCCUUUCAAGUCCAUCUCCAUCGGAGCUGCCAGCCAGGUCUGGGCCAUCGCCAAGGAUGGUUCUGCCUUUUACAGAGGAUCUGUCUCUGCAGAGAGCCCUGCAGGAGACAGCUGGUACCACAUUCCCUCCCCGGCCAAACAGAAGCUGAAGCAGGUGUCUGUCGGCCGGGCGUCAGUGUACACUGUAGAUGAAAAUGGUAACCUGUGGUACCGGCAGGACGUGACCCCCAGCUACCCUCAGGGCUCCUCCUGGGAACACAUCUCUAAUAACGUACGCAAAGUCUCUGUGGGGCCUCUGGACCAGGUGUGGAUCAUAGCAGACAAGGUGCAGGGCAGCCAUAGUCUGAGCUGUGGAACGGUGUGCCAUCGACUGGGAGUCGAACCUUUGGAGCCUAAAGGACAGACCUGGGACUACGGCAUUGGGGGUGGGUGGGACCACAUCACAAUGAGGGGGAACUGCAUGGAGCCGCCUCGCAUACGUCUCCCUUCUCUGGCGGCCCUGGCCCCUCAGAGCCCCCUCCCCGUCAGCACAGAGGUCAACGGCGAUGCUGUGGGAUGCUAGACACGCGCGUGCACACACACACACACACUGUACAGAGCCUUCCUCAACCAUAGUACCUUCGUAGUAAUAUUUAGUCUGUUUUGUUUUAAAGUACUUCUACUUUUAACACAGGAGUAGCAACAUUGAUAAUUGAACUCUAAACUCUGGAGGACAGCCUUUAGUGAUCCUGCAGUCAGGGUCACAGAAAGUUCUCAGUUUGGAUUCUCAGAAUCUCAUAUGAGCUGAAUUUGUUUCAAUUUAUUGUCUUGACUUUAAUGUUAUUUCAAUCGGUAUGGGCAUUUGUGUAACUUUGCUGUGUGUCUUUAGUCACUGACAUUGACCUUGAUGGUCUUAAUGCAUUUUGUCCUUAUUUAUUCAUCAUGUUUAUGUAGUUUCUUUGUAUAGAGUACCUCAUGUUAGGUUAAGAUGAACUUGGAAAGUUAGGGUUUUCUAUGAUAAAAUGAAAUGAAUGUACUUGAAUCACAGUUGCUCGGCUGUCGGUCACAGAGCUGACUUUUAAUUUAAAACUUCUGCUUAAUAUUAUCUUACAGGCAACAGGUUAACACAUUUUCCAACAGAAUAAAGCCUGAUUUCUCUGGGAUUUAUUCCGUUCUGACAGACUGCAGAAAAGCAUGGCUGUAGAAUCUUCUAAAAUGGACCUUUUUGAAGCCUAGAUCUGGGUCCAAAUGUGGGUGAAACCUGUGUGACGCUAAGCCUUAUUUGAAGCAAGGCAAGUUCCCAAACACACACACACACACACACACACACUUUUCUUUUAGCUUAAGUGUGUAUUGGUACAAAUGUGGCGAUUAGUUCUUGUAAAAAAAAAACUUGCUUUGUAUUUUACCAGGAAAUGUUAGGGUUCUUCCCGUUGACUUCAAUACACUGACAGUGCUUUUGGAGCCUGUGUGUAGCAGCUUUAACUGGCUUUAUCUUCCUGUGGUGGUUGCUGCUUGCCUUGUACCAACAGUGGACUGAUGUUUCAUAAAGCUUUUAUUUUUUUUAAUUUGAAUGUCAUUGUCAUGGAGUACGUGCAAUAAGUUAUAAAUAAGGUAACAGUGUGGAUUACUUGUACACGUUCUGUGGUUAAAAUGCUAAAACUGAACCUUCCUCUUUCUCAGGAGCAUGUUUGAAUUUGCAUGUAGGCAUUUACAGAGUCAGUAGUACAAUGACUGAGCAAUGAGAAGAAGAUAUUAAAAACAACUAUAUUUUUGUUAAAAAUCUGUAAGAUAUCAAAAGUGUAGUGCUGCUGUGGUAAAAUAUUAAGCUGGAAUAGUGUUUCUACUUUUGACAGAGCGUUUAAUUUAAAAACAUAAAUAUCCAUUCAGGCUUUUAUUUAUGUUGAAAACUGUCUAAAUUCCUCUGUAUCAUAAUGAAUCGUCUAAAUAUGAUGCAGCCUUUGUUGAAAUGUGGAAAGUGUACAGAUAUCUGUGGGUUUUAUCUGUGAAUAACUAACAUGUUGUGUUACUGUAGCGUGCAACACAUCCCUGCUGUUGACAUAGUGGAGUACAUUUAUCAAGUGUUGUGCAUGGUCAAAGUAACAGUCCUUCUGUCAAUAAAUAAAUGUGUUUAUUGAUAACAACUCUCCAAA